AUGAUAAAACAUUUCUCUUAAAUAAUUAGUGUGUGCUAGAUUGUGGUGCUAAGUAUUAUGAUUUAUUAAAUUGGAAAUGCGUCGAUACUUGUCCAAGCAAUUUUUAUGCUACAUCUGGUUAUGAAUUUAUUAAAGAAGAUUUUAAACUAACUAAAUUCUGUUCCUCAACCUGCUUAUAUAAUUAGUUUUAAUAUAAAGGCUAAUGUACUGAUAUUUAACCAGAAGAACCUUACUGUAUACAGAAUACUAAUUACAGAUUAUGCGGCAAAUGCACGGAAGCAUGUAAAACAUGUUUUGAUUCCUGUUCGACUACUUGUAGUGAAUGUAAUCCAGGAUUUUAUUUACAUAAUACUACUUGCUCUACCGAGUGUCCUGAUGAUAUUCCCUAUAAAGAUACACUUAAUAAUUUAUGCGUUGUUACUUGCAUAAAAUAUUAAGAAAAUGGAUAUUGCGUUGCUAGUUGUUCAAAUAAUUAUUACAGAUAUGAUGCUCAGAAAUAAUGUCAUGAAUUAGGUUGUCCAAAAGGAACUUAUAACCAAGUUUCUACACGUAAUUGCUAUGCCUGUGCUCUUGGGUGUGCUACUUGUACGAAUGGAUCAUCAAAUUCAUGUAACACAUGUUAAGAAGGAUAUUUUCUGCAAGGUUCAUCAACAUGUACUAAUGACUGUAAUGUAGAUCCAGAUACUAUUUAAGAUUGGAUUAAUGGGAAAUGUGAUAAAUAGUGUUCAACUGGGGCUUACUUGUAAACUUUACCUAGUGGGUCUCUAGCAUGUAAAGUAA